CAAUAAAUUGGGUUUAAAGCCGGCGGUACCUCGGAAGGGAGUCCCAUUUUCGCCAUGGUGCAGUCAACCGGAGACAUCACGACCUUUAACAUUCAGCACGGCUUCGUGGAGGGCUUGAUCCGCGGCUAUCGCAGCGGCUUCCUCGACGACGUCGACUACCACCACCUCACGCAAUGUGAGACGCUCGAAGAUAUCAAGCUCAACCUCCAAGAGACCGACUACGACCAGUUCCUCCAGGACAACAGCGGUACGGUCACGCCGUCGAUCAUCCAGACGGCAACGACCAAGAAGUUUGUCGACGAGUUUGUCUUCUUGCGUGCGCAGGCCAUGGAGCCGCUCGGCGAAUUCCUCGACUUCAUCACAUACGAGUACAUGAUCGACAACUUGAUGCUCCUUCUCAAGGGCACGAUGAACGGCCGUGACGUGAACGAACUCAUUGGCCAGUUGCACCCGCUCGGCAAGUUUGACGACUCGAUCAUGCGCAGCAUCUGCACGUUCGAGGCCAACUCGAAGGGCUACGCCGACUUGUACGAGUGCGUCCUCAUCGACACGCCGAUCGGCAAGUACUUCCAGCAGUUUCUCCAAGAGAACGCCGAAGACCGCCUUGGCGAAGCGUCGGAAGUCCGCAACAUCCUCGAGGAGGUCCAGAUGGAGAUCAUCAAGAACUCGUUGCUCAAGCUCUGGCUCGAAGACUUUCACGAGUUUUGCAUGAACCUCGGUGGCGAGACGGCCGUCAUGAUGGGCGUCAUCCUCCGUGCGCGCGCCGAUCGCAUUGCGAUCAACAUCACGCUCAACUCGUUUGGCACACCGUUGAACGAGCCGAGCCUGCGCAUCUCGGACCGCAAGCCGCUCUACCCGUCGAUUGGCGAGCUCUACCCCGCGGGCACGGAGGCGCUCUCGGAGGUGUCGGACGAAGGGUCGCUCGGCAUUGUGCUCGACCCGUUCCCGGUCUACCGCAAGAUUUGGGAGAUCCACCAGAGCGAAGGCGUCGACAACAAGUCGAUCGACGACGCGUUUUACGAGCGCGACGUCAUGAUGUGCGAGCUCGCGUUCGGCAGCCAAAUGCACUUUGCGUGCUUCUACGCGUACGUCAAGUUGAAGGAGCAGGAAGUGCGCAACCUCGUCUGGAUAUGCGAGUGCAUCAUCCAGAACCAGCGCGACGCGAUCCACAACUUUAUCCCGAUCUUCAGCGAGAACGCGCCGUGGCGCCUCAACACCAAGGGCCCUGGCCACCACUAAGCACGAACGUCGCCGUCAUGCCCGCCGUGGCCAAGUCGGACCGCGCAGGAAGGCUAAUAAGCCAUGGCAGGCAGGAAUAUGCUGAGUACAAUUAAACGGGGCCUGGAUCACAAAGCUCUUUGAGCGAUGGCAUGCGUAUGGA